GAGAGAGAGAUAGAGAGAAAGUGAGAGAUCUUUUAUAGACACAGAGGAGGUCGGAGCGUGACUGUCAAAUCUACAUAUUCUCUUUCUAUAUAGUUUUCUGAGGUGAAUUCAGGUCUCUCACUGUACAAUCCCCGGUGGACUCGAGCAAAGCACCAAUCUUUUCUAUCCUGCGCCGGAAAUUACUCGUCUCUACAGUCACUUUGCUAUUUUAUCGGGCAAAAUGUCCCGGAUUUCCCAGGAUUGGUUUUGAUAGGAUUUGAAUUUGUGACUGGAAAUGGAGGAUACAUUUUCAGGCAAUGGUACCCAAGUUGAUAACAAGGUUUUACAGACAUUUCAAAAGAGUUUUGUCCAAGUCCAACACAUCUUAGAUCAGAACAGGUUGCUUAUUAACGAGAUUAAUCAGAAUCAUGAGUCGAAGAUCCCUGACAACUUGGGUCGAAAUGUGGGUCUCAUUAGGGAACUUAACAACAACAUCAGGAGAGUUGUUGAUCUUUACGGAGACCUUUCAAGCUCUUUCACUAAAUCCAUGGAAGCUUCAUCCGAGGGAGAUUCUGGAGGAACAUUGAAAUCAGACGGUAAGCUUGGUCAGAAAAGAAUUAGGCCUGGGUAAAUAGUUUUUGAGCUCGACUGACGAGUCUCAGCCCUGCCUAGAACUCUGCACCAAUACUGUUACAAUGUGGGCAGAAGCAUUUUCGGUAUUAACGUUUGUAGGAUCGCAUUAGAUUCUGUAACUCUUCUUGUAUCUGUAUUUCUGAUUCGCCUUACUUGCCAAAGUUACUCAUUAGAAAUAAAAUUAGUUCGAGAGAUCUCUAUCAUUAA